AUUAAGGCCUUUUCUAUUUCAGUUGCCGAGUAGAAGACAACAUGUCGUUCAAGAAGAGCUUUUCUAACACGGAGAAGAACAAGGAAAUCUGGACAAAGAAUUUAGUCCAGUUUCAAGCGCCAUCAAGUAGAGGCAACGUGGCAAUUUAUGAAGCACCGUUGAGUGAACGGAGUUGCAUGCCCCUGAAAAACCACGUCAUUGGACGCUUCAAAUUUCUUGAAUCCACUGCCAAAGAACGGAGAGAGAGGAUCAGUCUAAUUGCUGUGGAGCUUAAAGCCCUAUGGAGAAAAACAUUGAACUUCCCGCAUGUAUCUGAUCAAGCCAUUUGUGCAAAACUAGCAAACCUUCUGAAAGACUAUGAGCGAUGCAGAAAGAAACAAAACUUUGAUUCAUUGAAUGAACUGUUUGACGUGACCAAGGUGAAAGGCGAAUGGAUGUGCAAAGAGGAUGAGAACCUCUACAAACUGCAAACUGAGAGCAAGGGUCAGGUUGGUUAUUCCACUAACAAACGUGCUAGUGCAAAGACCACCCACCCAUCCAAGCGAAAGAAGGCAAUGGAAGCGACUGUGUCACCAGAGUCAACACUUACCAGCUCAGCGCCACCUGAUUGUUCCGAAAGUUACACGGACUCAUCCGACAACAGCAAAGACAGUCCUUGGGAGGAUGAGAAUGAAGCAUCAACGAGGACAAGGAAGCAUAACCCAACAGGAAUGAGAUCCCCUUCAUGAAGUUUCUACAGAUCCCAAACAUCAGCAAUGCACACUGGAACUCUCGUGCCAUUCUAGCCGUUCUUGUAUUUAUUCUGAUGCCUGAAACCCGGAACAGGCUGCGUAAAAUUUGUUCAUUCAUUUCCUACUCAUGGGCUGACCAUUGGUUCAGCAGUCAAUUGUUCCACGCUGAAGAUUUUGAUGAACUAUCUGCAGUUCUGAAUGACUACCCAAGAAGUCUCAAAUGCUUGAAAACCAACUGGAAAACAGAUAAAUCUCCAAUCAACAUUGCCCAAAGCAACCAGUGCUGUGAGCGUGCGAUCAAAGUUAUGCAAGACUUGCAUGACUCCUGCCGCAACAAGGACAACCUCCCACUGAGAUUCAUCCUGUCCAAUGACAUUAUCAUGAAUAA